UUUCUCCCAUAGCCAUGUCCGACAAAGAUCUUGCCAAUCUCCCCCCAUACACUACAACCGACUUCAAAGCGCUUGCGAGCAAAGAUGAAGCUUUCAACACCAUAUUACAACAAAGCAACGGCCGCCUUAACUUUCAGGAUCCAACUACAAUCCUCAUCCUUGCCCAAGCUCUUCUAAAGACAGACUUCAAUCUCUCCCUCUCCAUCCCAGAUGACCGCCUCUGUCCACCUAUCCCCAACCGCUACAAUUACGUCUCCUGGAUCCACCACCUCAUCGACUCCACUAGCCCCUCCUACUCCAACGCCUACGACCCAACCCGCACUAUUACAGGUCUUGACAUUGGCACGGGCGCCUCGGCAAUCUACACUAUGCUGCUCCUCCGCACACGCCCAGCUUGGACUAUGUGCGCUACGGACAUCGACAGCAAAAGCUUCAGCUCCGCCGUCCUCAACCUCACCCUCAACAACCUCGUUACUCGCACCAAGAUGCUACAAACCAUCCCUUCCAACCCUCUAAUCCCCCUUCAACAUCUCGACCACCACUCCACAUUGGACUUCACAAUCUGCAACCCGCCCUUCUUCACCUCCGCCGCUGAAAUGAGCUCUUCCCUCGCCGGCUCGAAAAAAGCACUUCCACCGUCGUCAAUCUGCACAGGUGCGGAAGUGGAAAUGGUGUGUCCCGGUGGCGACCUCGGCUUCGCGACUCGCAUCCUGCAUGAAUCCCUCACCCUCCGCCAAAAAGUUCGCUGGUACACCACACUCCUUGGGAAACUGGACUCCGCGAAACAACUCAUCACGCUACUCAAACAGCACGACAUCAACAACUGGGCCGUUUGCGCCAUCGACGCCGGCGGGAAAACCAAGCGAUGGGUCGUGGGUUGGAGUUUUGGGGACUUGAGACCAGCGGUCGAUGUAGCGAGGGUAUGGGGGGUGCCGCAUGAGCUUCUGCCGUUCCCUAGCGAGGUCAAAGUGAAGUUUGGGGUUCAGCUGGAGAAUGGUGGAGAUGGAGGCGAGAAUGACCAUGUCAUGGACAGUGAUGACGGUGGUAAAGUGGAGGAUAUAUCUUCCCUCCUCAACACCCUCCUCGCGCCUCUGGACCUUCUUUCUUGGUCCUGGAACCACGACUCGCUGAGCGGCGUCGGCGAGGCAAGUGGGAAUGUGUGGAAUCGCGCGUAUCGGCAUAAAAAGAAGAAGGAAACAGAGGCAAAGCAGGUUUCGGAUGCUGGGGAUGUGGGUAUGGUCGGGAACGAACCCAAUGUCGCCCUCGCUUUCCGCGUUUCAGUGCUUCCAGCUACGCAAGAAGUCGUGGUGGAGUGGUUGAGAGGGAGGGAUCAGGUACUCUGGGAGAGUUUCUGUGGGAUGGUUGUGAGGAGAGUCAAGAAAGGCUGA